CGGCAAAUGUUUACAACUGCGAACUGAUCAUUUACUUACGAAGCAUUUAUUAGUUGUACGAGGUGUUCGUCUGAGAAUUGGCUUAAGUCUAAUCCAUACGUUAAGUGCUCUGUGUGUAAGACGUUCAUAUAAUUAGUAAAAUUCGUGAUGAAUGUGAGCUUGGAUUUCGAUCUUUAGAUUAUCCAUUUCCAAAAGCUGAUGUGAUAUUACAUARGAAGAUCGAGAUUUUCGAAUUCCACACACAUCUACGAGACUUCCCAUGGCAGAACAUCUUACAAAGUCAGCUUUAGCUCAAUUUGUUCUUCCCGAAACUAUGGAUGACAUCGAAGAGUACCUUAAGCCAGAAUUUUCACUUAAGCAUCAACGCAGAAAAGUAAAAGAACAAGACACGUUGAAUGAUGAAGAUGAAGUUCAUGGAAGAAGAAUUGUUAUGGAUGGAUUUGGAAGAUGGAGAGAAAUUCGACCAAAGAAGCACAUCCAAAAUAAAAGGCUUGAGCUCGUUGAUGCAGAGAGUUUACCAAGAAUGAAACAGGUUUUUGGAAUGGAUAGUCCUGUUUCAAGUCGAUGUGGUGGCAAUGCACCAUCACCAAAGUCUCGAUAUGAUGCAUAUCAAUCAGAUUGGGAAAGGACCAGAUCAUCAUCCAGACAAGAAAGAACACCACAGAUGAGAAAAGAAAGCAACUUUGACAAUGGUUCAGUAUAUAACAAACUUGGAAUGAUAACACGGUCCAACGUAUUUCCAGGAAUAGGAAAUUACCAUUGGAACACGACAACUGCCAGGACAUUUACAAAAAAAMCCAUUACUCCAGUAGAGGACAGAAAAGUAUUUUAUGGUCUUCAAACAGAUGACUUUGGUGUUUGGGCUGCAGCWAAUGUACUCAAUGAGAGAAUGAAGAAAGCAUGGGGUGAUUAUUUAGAGAAUGUACCAAAAGCAAACUGGGAACCACCUUCAGCAGAGAAUGCAAAGACAAUGCCUCCAGUGCAAAUAAAACCUAAAACAAAAUCUAAGAAAAACCCACCCAAACCCAAAUCCAAACAGGACAAUGUAGUAACCAAUGAUACUACUCCAUUUCAGGAGCCAGAAAACCUUCCAAGUGAACAACAUAUACCUCCACCAUAUGUUCCUGAUAAUGGUGAAGCAGAUGAUGAUGAUUUCUGGGACUUUUAUGACAAGCCAUUCAAUAAACCACAAAAAUGAUUAUAAAAUACAAAUACUAAAAGCAUAAGAAUUUUAAUAGAAAUUAAAAUGUUUUUGUUCAAAUUUUAAUACAAGAAAAAAAAGAAAGAAAGAGACAAUCUGGCCAAAACAUUUAUGACCAAAACUCAUUGUAUGCAUUUGCCAUCACCUUAUAAAACGUACAAAGAUUUAAGUCAACAAAGUCUGUACUGUCUUAUGCUUUUAGUGUUUGCAUUAGAAAAGUUAACUAUUACUCAAAUUAUAUAUAAUUAUUUUUAAUUACCAAUCAUAUGAUGAUACAAGAACACAUUUAUAGCAAAAGAAUAUAAAUAUCUGAUUAUUUGUAGGGAAUCAUUAGAUGUUGAAAUAGCAAUAUAAUUAUAUUAUUGUUUUAAUAAAAUGAAAGCUCAAUACAUAUUAAAUUGAUAUGCCGUCCUUAUUAUGCUGUGAUUUAUAAAAGCUAAGUUGCAUUGUUUACAUUUUGUACAWGUUCAUGUAUUUGGUUUAGUUUCUUUUCUUUUGUUCCUUCUUCUUAAUACAAUAGAGUACAGAAAAACAUGAAAUUGUGCUGAUAGAAUACUGAUUUCUGAUAUACUAAAUUGUCAGGUCUGCAACAAAUCUUCCACAAAAUGCAACAUCAUCAUGGAUUUAGAUUGACAUAUAGUUUUCUAUGUAUGUGGACAUUUAUAUCAUAUUGAGUGUUAAAAUUUUGUUUCCUAAAACCUGCUGGCACCACCUACAUGUAUUAGCUUUAUCAUGAUCAGCUWAACUUCUAUUCAUCAUUUUAUUUUACACUGUACACUGCAUGGUCRAAUAAAACUGGUGGUUG